UUCACUUUGAUCAUUUCAAUUCAGUAUUAUGCAAGAACAAAUCACCUACUCUAUUAGUUUGAAAAAUGUCCCCUACAGUUUAUAUGAAAUGUGUUGUUGCCCUCGAGAUUUUUUUCCACCAUUCUUUAUGUAUAAUUCUUCAGUUUAUGCCAAGGAAAAUUCUUCCACCUCAAGAUUUCAGGGUUUCCAGUAACAAAAACCACAACAAAAAUCUCUAAGCAAUUCUUGUUUCUUUCCGUGGAGUAUUUUGGUCCUGGGGAGACCUGCUGUUUUUGUCUUUUUCCUAGAUGGACAAUUUCAGUCCUCUGAGAUAGUGGUUGCAUAAAUUUAGAAUGUUUCUACUUCAUUUUUUAGACUCUUCACAACUGGUUGAAAAGAAAAAACUUGUAAAGACAGAAAAUUUUUACACUAUUUGAUUUUGUAAGCAACAAUUCAUUGUAAAUCCCUUCAUGGAUACCAUCCCUUCAUGAUGGUUAUGAAAUUGAAAGACUUUAGAAAGAAAUAAAAAUGAGUAGAAAAUUGGUCAAUGGGGGAGAGAAAGGUAAAGAAGCAUUUAAUAAAAGUAGUUUAUAUGAAUAGCUAGUGCUAUUAUCAAACAUACAGUUUUAAAUAUGUAUCCUUUUGUGUGUGUGUGCUUUUUCUUAAAAAAAAUAAGGAAGAACAUUAACUUUUGUGCUACGCCUAGAAUAGCAUCAUCUACAUGGGUAUUUCCUCUUCUCACAUUUCAAAAGACCCUUGAUAACCAAUUGAGAAAAUGCAGAAGAUCUUGCAAACGGAUGAAAUUACCGAUGAUGAAGCUUUUAGGAAAGGAAAGAGGAAAAGGACAGAGACAAUGGACUCAGAGAAUGUGAAUAGUGACAUGGAUAAACAACAGAGAGACCCAUUUUCGAGAAAUGCCUUUCUGCCAGGCGAGAGCUCCAGUGAAGAUGAAGAGCCAUUAGCAGAAUUAUCAAAGGAGGAACUGCUCACCAAAAUAAAAAGCCUGAAGCAAAAACUAACAAACACCCGGAAAGAAAACAGCCGACUCCGACAGUCUUUGGUCAUGCUUCAAGUGCUACCGCAGGCUGUCACCCAGUUUGAAGAACUGGUAGGUAUGGCCGAGGCCCUGCUGAAGGGUGGAGGAGUCAUGUCUACAUCUACAACUACCCUCUGGAGAGCAACAAACAACUCUUCACCAGAUUCAUUUGCCUCAACGUGCAACAAUUCUAAUUCCAGUUCACCAAUUUCCUUGAAUGCCGAGGAAGAGCCUCAUACUGAUGAGAAACAGUUCAAGAUUGAAAAAUGGCAGAUUGCCCGUUGUAAUAAGAGCAAGCCUCAGAAGUUUAUUAAUGAUUUAAUGCAAGUACUUUACACAAAUGAAUAUAUGGCCACACACAGCCUGACGGGGGCAAAAUCCUCUACUUCAAGGGACAAAGCCGUGAAACCAGCUAUGAAUCAGAAUGAAGUUCAAGAAAUCAUAGGAGUCACAAAACAGUUAUUUCCCAAUACAGAUGAUGUUUCAAUUCGAAGAAUGAUAGGGCAAAAGCUAAAUAACUGUACCAAGAAGCCACAUUUAAGCAGAAAUCUUAAUUUUCAGGAUUUUAAGUAGGCUUUUUUGGUAAGUCUUUUAAAUCUUCACGAUCCUUUAAAUGUGGCAAGAAAAUAUUGUAAUUGUUUUACGUGUAGACUAGCAUUUUCCAAACACUCUCCUAGAUAAUACCAGUGACCUGUGAAAUUCUAAUAGGUAUUCCUAGGGGUGAAGGUGGGAGAGGGUUGUUUGGGGGUUUAAACUGGCGAAAUACUAAGUCACACAGGUUUUUCUUUCCCAGAACCUCUCAGAUAUUUUGAUACUCUUCAGUAUGCCCAUGUACACUAGAAAUCUCUAAGAAGGGGGUCUAGUAUUCCAAAUAUGUUUUACUGAGGAACGUUUUUUUCUUCACAGAAUACCUAUUCAUUUGGAGGUAGGAUAGAAAGUAGCCAAAGAAGGGAAAGAAGACAAUUUAUGAAGUGUUUCUCUAGAACAGGGGAGAUUCAGGCCCUUGGGAAAUCUGAGGCAUACCAGUGAGACUGACCUUAGAAUCUAAACAGUGGUUUGAUGCGUGUACAAACUAUUGGCUAGAAGCCUUAAACGGAUCUCUUUCACUGUUCUCCUUAUUGCUUCUCAUUGUCUUUAAACAUUUGUUUAAAAUCAGUUUUUUUUUAGUUUGCA